AUGAACACAAAAGGGCUUGAAACACUCGAGCUUUUGGAGAACCUAGAUGUCUCCGACAACCUAAUUGAGUUCCCAGAGGCGCUUCGGGCACUUUCACUCAACCAGAACCUUACACAUUUGACGAUUCGAGGCAACCCGCUGAGUCAAAAGCCUGGCUACCAUGUCCCAAUGCUGGACAUGAUCCCCAGUCUGAUCAUUUUGGACGACAAAAAGAUGCGGAGUAAGGCCACUUACAAGACAAAAGACGUGUCGACCAUCAAGUCCGUCUCAUACUCACGGAUUUACGACGAUAAGAAGCAAUUCAUGAUCCACAAGCAAACUCGGCCACGCCCUGCCCCAACUAUACAGCCAUUACUCCCAGGAGACCCCGCGCCAAAAUAUGAUGGCACAAUGUUUCUCCCUCCUCCCAUCGAACCCACUCACGAACGUGCUCGAGCGGGCCUACAGAAAUACCAACAAGGCUCGCUGCCGAUAUCACCACCAGUGCCAUUUUCACCUAAGGCGCUUAACUCACCCACAAAGAAUCGAGCCGCUCCCUACUUGAGUAUGUACGACAGACUAGCGCAGUCGAAUGGAUUCACUUCUACCCGACCCAUUUCUCCGACCGUCAAGCCCAUCUUAGAUCCAAAACCUAGCAAACCUGACAUUGCCGCCAGUCGCCAAGUCAUCCAACGAAAGCAAUCGAGGUAG